AUGGAACAACUCGGCCUGCAAGAUCAGAUUGUACCUGCAUCCCAAGUACUAAAUGGCUUUAACAUGGCAAGCGAAACAACAAAGAGAGAAAUCAUCUUGCCAGUAAACGCAGCCGGAACCAUACAAGAUACGAAGUUCCAUGUCAUCGAAGCUGACAUAAGGUAUAACGCACGCCUCGGAAGACCGUGGAUACACAACAUGAGGGCAGUGCCUUCAACUCUUCAAGAAAUGAUGAAUUUCCUAACGGAGGAAGGAGUGAAAGAGCAACAUACUGCAAAAGAGAUGUUUGCGAUAGAGGAAGUGGUACCGAUACCAGAGCCCUUGACCUCGGAAAAAUCGAGCACCAAAGGUAAGCAAGCGUCUAAAUAG